ACGCAAAGUUAUUCUCUUGCCCUGUUAUAAAGCCAAUCCUCGCCAAACCAAAAUGAGAAAAACACCUACCAGACUUCUUGAUUUUGACCCGUCCAAGUAGUACCGCCCACAAUGGAUGCGCAACGACAGGGAGCGGCUGCAACCCGACCACCUCGGCAAGGCGGCGGCGGCAAUUUUAACGCCAUUGUCACAGUUUUCAUUUCCUUCAUCGCCAUCUUCUCCACGAUACUGAUCCCAUCAUCAUCAACUCUCAAAAGUGGCUUAUCCAUUUUACAUCAAGUCCCAGAAGGACAUGUUGGGGUUUAUUGGAGAGGAGGUGCCCUCUUAAAUAUAAUUACAGAUCCAGGAUUCCAUCUGAAGAUGCCCCUGAUAACCCAAUUUGAGCCCAUUCAAGUGACCCUGCAAACUGAUCUGGUAAGGGAUAUCCCAUGUGGUACAAAGGGGGGUGUUAUGAUCAACUUUGAGAAGAUAGAAGUUGUCAAUAGGCUUCGUAAGGAUUAUGUGUAUGACACACUGCUCAACUACGGUAUUCAUUAUGACAACACAUGGAUAUAUGACAAGAUUCAUCACGAGAUCAAUCAAUUUUGCAGUGCUCAUUCCCUUCAACAAGUCUAUAUUGAUAUGUUUGAUCAGAUUGAUGAAAAAAUGAAAGAUGCUCUUCAAGUUGACUGUACACGCUAUGCCCCAGGUAUCGAAAUUAUCAGUGUACGUGUGACAAAGCCUAAUAUCCCAGAUAGUAUAAGGCGCAAUUUUGUGCAAAUGGAAGAGGAGCGCACUAAGGUUUUGAUUGCAAUGGAGAGACAGAAAGUAAGUGAGAAAGAGGCAGAGACAAAUAAGAAGAUAGCUAUUAGUGAGGCUGAGAAGAAUGCUCUAGUUAGUAAGAUCCAGAUAGAGCAGAAGUUGAUGGAGAAGGAAGGUUUGAAAAAGCAAGAGGGGAUUGAGAACGAGAUGUACAUGGCUCGGGAAAAGAGCUUGACUGAUGCCAAUUUCUACCAGGCUAUAAAAGAAGCUGAGGCCAACAAGUUGAAGCUUACCUCCGAAUAUCUAGAACUCAGAUUUAUUGAUGCCAUAGCAAAUAAUACUAAAAUCUUCUUUGGAAACAAGGUGCCAAAUAUGGUUUUUGAUCAGAGGCUGCUCGGGAAUUUCUUCCAAGCCAGGAAUUCAGAAGCGUAACUUCAUACUCUAAUUGCUAUGUGAAAAAAAAAAAAAAAAAAAAGGAAAAAGAACUUUAUACUGUAAUUGCUUUUGUUGAAAUUUCUAUCACUGACCCAAUACAAGCUACAGAGCAAUAGAAAAAAGAAAUGGUGAGGGAAAAAGGACAAUAAAAAAAUUAAAAUACAAUAAGGAUGAAAAAAGAAAAAAGUAAAAAGCAAGGAAGUUUGUGUUUUCCAGUUCUCAUGUUCUUGGACGCCCUUCUUGCUUGUUAUUCAUUUAUUUUUUCAUUUUUUGAUAACGGAGGGGGUUGGUUGUAAAAUGAUCGACUAUCUCUGAAUACUAGCUCGGGAUUCAAGUACCCAUUUAGGUACAUAUUUGAUGUUAUGGUUCUUCGGCGCAGCCAGGUUUUCUUGCCAAGAUUGCUUUAUUAUGAAUGUUGCUUGCCUUUUGUCAUAUUAUUUUGUAAUUUUUUGAGUUUUUGACUGGUGGUGGCAACCAUCAUUCAUCCAUAGUAAUAAGAAACUCAGAGGUGCAUUGUGUUUGUACGAACUUCGUUUUGAGAGUAAUAGUAAGAUUAUUGAUUCAUGAAUUAUUUGU